GCUGUUUAUCAUAGUUAGUAUUCUGCUUUACAUUUUCAGUUCUGUACACUGUCUAUUUUUUUAAGCACAUAAACAGUGUUAGUAAUGGCAUACUUUUCAGUCAAUGUUAAAAUAAUCUAUAUAUGAUUUGGGUACAGCAUUUAAUAUGUUACUAAAGCACUAACUAAAUAAAAAUUUCUUUCAGUAAUGCAAUCAACCUUUUAAGCAAUAUUCCAGUUUCUUGUUUGGAUGUUCUCAUUAGUCCAUCAACCCAGGAAGAAACAGUUUUGAAAUAUAAUGGUAUGAAUAUGGAUGCCAUUCAAGUGUUGCUGGAUUUCAUGGAGAAAAGAAUAGACAAGGGAAGCAGCUACAGAGAGGGUCUGACUCCAGUUCUCAGUUUACUAACAGAAUGUUGCCGAGCUCAUCGGAACAUCAGAAAGUUUAUCAAAGCUCAGGUAUUGCCCCCAUUAAGAGAUGUAUCAAAUCGUCCUGAAGUUGGCACAACAGUGAGAAACAAACUUGUGCGCCUUAUGACACAUGUCGACCUUGGAGUAAAGCAAAUUGCUGCAGAAUUCCUUUUUGUCCUUUGUAAAGAGAGAGUUGACAACUUGUUGAAGUAUACAGGCUAUGGUAAUGCAGCAGGACUGCUGGCAGCAAGGGGCCUGUUAGCAGGAGGAAGGGGAGAUCAUUGGUACUCCGAUGAUGAAGAUACAGACACUGAAGAAUAUAAAUCUGCAAAGCCAAACAUUAAUCUUAUCACUGGUCAUGUAGAGGAGCCAAUGCCCAACCCUAUGGAUGAAAUGACAGAAGAACAAAAAGAAUAUGAAGCUAUGAAACUUGUCAACAUGUUUGAUAAACUUUCCAGGGAUGAAGUUAUAAAACCAAUGGGAGUUCGACUGGAUGGCACGAUGACUCCUUUGGAAGAGACAGUCUGCCAGUACCAAACCAAUGAGCAAGACAGUUCAGAUUCAGACUAAAGCAUUACCUGCUUCACUGUCAAUAUCUCCUUUGAUCAGCAUCUUCCCUCAGAGCCGCGACAUCUUUUAUCUACACAUUGUACCCUCUCAUUAGCCAGCAUCACUUUGUCUUCUUAUUGGGAUAUUUGAAUGAUGGAUCUUGUGGUGUAAUCUCUGCAUUUUUAUUAAUCCAUUUAUAUAGGAACAAAUGAUCGGUUUAUUAAUUGUAAAGAAAAUUGUAUUUCAGUGAGAUGAAAAUAAAAGAUUGCAAUGCAAAAAAA